CAGAGCAACACGACUGUAUUAUAUAACUUUAAUGUAGGCUACAGGGGUUUAAUGGCGCAAGAGCAGAAUAUCGCGCCGCAGAUCUGUGGAUUCAUUGCGGAAAUAUCCUGAAAUCGAGUGCAAGUGAGCGAUUGAUCACUUUUUCCCUCCUACUGGCGACGUGCGUUAAAAGUUAUCGACAGAUCGGCGAAACGGCGCACUCGGUGGAUCCCGUCAGCUCCAGCCAGGUCGGCGUCGUUGUGGACUUUAUUUUAAAAAUAGUUGGUAUUGCGGACGAUGUUUUCCUUCCGUGCGAGGAGAGGGGUGACAAUGAAUCCAUUUGACAUUUCACCACGCAACAUUACUGCAAGGAAGGUGUUUUAUUUGAGUGUGUGACUCUGGGGACAUUGCGUUAUUUCUCACAUUUUUCCCAACUUGGACUGACAGGAGAUGACCUAACUGGCGGAACACAUCGUUCUUUCACAACAGGAUAAAGAAAUGGAUCAGGGUGGACUGAAGCGCAACGGUAAUCAAGACGACAGCCUGACAUUUGGGGAGACAGGAGCCGGAGUAAGCAGGGAAACGGGUGACACAGCUGGUUUACUGCUCCAGUCUGCAGGGCACCUGCUCGGCCCCAGGUCUAUGCCCCAGCCCACAGUGGCCCCAAAUGGACAAGGUGGAACCAAAGACCAAGGGGAACUUGGAGGCCUCUUUGAUUCUCCUCAGCAUCACAUCCAGUGUGAGGGCUCAGACAUGAAGGAGGGUAAGAUCAUCAGAAUGCAGAAACAACAACAGGAUAGCGAUGUAUUUAACAUUGAGGACAACCUGCCGUCGUUGAAACAGAGUAUAUCCAAUCUCAACAGUCCGGCCACCUCUGUCAUCAGCACCUCAGUCUCCUCUAUCCUGGGGAAUCUCCCUCUGCCUGAUCUUUUUCCCCAACACAUCAAGCAGGAGGAACAUUUUUCUAUGGAUAAAAACUUGGAAAAUUACAGCUGUCACACAGGUGCUAGGCCUUGUGAUUUGGAUGGGAAAGGCAAUCGCCUAAUUGAGGAUACUGAAAUUUGGCAAGACCUGGACCUUCCUAAUUCUCUGCCAGAAAUUAGCGAUUUUGAGUUGGAUUCAGAAGUGGCACACUUGGAUAACAUCCUAUAUGACAGCAGGGCUGGAGGUGGUCCUGUCAGCGAGUUGCUAAAGGAAACAAAGCCUCUGGUGGGUAACAGAGUAAACUGCAACAAUGUGAACGGCACGGUCCAGCAGCACCAGCCCAUCCACCAUCAGCAGCAACAGCAGCAGCAGCAUCACCUUCUACAGCACCAGCAACACCAGCUCCACCAUCAGCAGCAGCCUGCAUCAUUGCUCUCCAGCGUUAUGAUCAAGGAAGAGAAGGAUCCUGACGGCUCUUUCAUUCACAUCCGUACUCCUGGUGUUGUGAAACAGGAGAAGCAGGAUAAUUCAGGGUUUUGCCAGUCGCAGUGUCUGCAGAGCAGCCUGAGCUCUCUCCAUGGAGGAAGCUCCGUGUCUUCGCCUAUGGGCGUGGGCGCAGGACAUUCCUACCUCUACAGAGCCAACCCAUCCUCCACACUGGGCCUACAAGACCAGGAGCCUUUUGGCAUGUACCCAAACCUGCCUCUGGUGGGGGAGACCUGGGCCAGGGGGAACCGGUUUGGAGAAUCGUCCGGGUUGCAGAGGGGUGAAGAUGGACUCCCCUCCGCCGCAGCCUUGGCAAGUUUUUCUGUCAACUUCUCAAGCUCUUCACCCAGAGCAGGAGAGACUGGCAAUUCUGCGGUGUCGGGCCAAUCCAAGCCCACUGGACAGACUCAUAAGAUCUGUUUGGUGUGUUCAGACGAGGCCUCAGGAUGCCAUUACGGGGUUGUUACCUGCGGCAGCUGCAAGGUGUUCUUCAAGAGAGCCGUCGAAGGAUGGAGAGCACGACAAAACACAGAUGGCCAGCACAACUACCUGUGUGCAGGGAGAAAUGACUGCAUCAUUGAUAAGAUACGGAGGAAGAACUGUCCAGCUUGCCGCUUCAGGAAAUGUCUUCAAGCCGGAAUGAACUUGGAAGCGAGAAAAAACAAGAAGCUGAUCAAGAUGAAAGUGCAGCGGCCUCCUGGAUCAUCAGAGCCUAUCAGCAACAUGCUUGUUCCGGGCAUCCCCAGACCCAUACCUCAACUCGUGCCCACCAUGCUCUCUGUGCUUAAAGCCAUUGAGCCAGAGAUAAUUUACUCGGGCUAUGACAGCACACUGCCUGACACCUCCACGCGGCUCAUGACCACUCUCAACAGGCUUGGGGGACAGCAGGUCAUCUCUGCAGUCAAGUGGGCCAAGUCACUGCCAGGCUUCCGCAACCUGCACCUGGAUGACCAGAUGACAUUGCUGCAGUGCUCAUGGCUCUUCCUCAUGUCCUUCAGUCUUGGUUGGAGGUCGUAUGAGCAGUGUAACGGUAGCAUGCUCUGCUUUGCCCCUGAUCUCGUCAUCAACAAAGAUCGCAUGAAGCUGCCCUUCAUGACCGACCAGUGCGAGCAGAUGCUGAAAAUCUGUAAUGAGUUUGUCAGACUGCAGGUGUCCUAUGACGAGUACCUGUGCAUGAAGGUCCUGUUACUGCUUAGCACAGUACCGAAAGACGGCCUGAAGAGCCAGGCAGUGUUUGACGAGAUCAGGAUGACGUACAUCAAGGAACUGGGGAAAGCUAUCGUCAAAAGAGAGGAGAAUGCAAGUCAGAACUGGCAGCGUUUCUACCAGCUAACUAAGCUACUGGACUCAAUGCAGGAGAUGGUGGAGGGUCUUCUCCAGAUCUGUUUCUACACCUUUGUGAAUAAAACCCUCAGUGUGGAAUUCCCGGAGAUGCUGGCAGAGAUCAUCACCAACCAAAUACCAAAAUUUAAAGAUGGGAGCGUCAAGCCUCUGCUGUUUCAUCAGAAAUGACUGCCUUAAACUGUGAAGCAAUGCCUUAAAUCCCGCCCUGACCACGAACCUCUAAUGGGGCCCCAAGUUUUUGUCCCAGGCCCUAAGCCUUUGCUUGUCCUGCCUCUCCCAGCACUCGGAUUUGAGUCCUCCGUUUUCCCAGGCCCCCCUUUAGGAAUUCAGCCACGCCCCUCAAGGCCUCAGCCAUUCAACCUUAUAUCGGAGCACAAUACCUCACCUCCCACCGCCUCACGCCUCCCAAUGUGGUCCCAGGUCGGGCCAAGCUACUGCAGGCAACCCUACCACCGACCUGAAGCCCUCCCUUUUGGCUAACUAAGAAGAAAUUGUCAUCCAUGGGAAAUAUGUUGGCGCUGAAUGUCUCAUGGGCAGGAUGCAUUUUGGGAAUCUAUUUUUUAUUUUAUUUUUCCAACCCCUCCUCCGUCCAUGGCCCUCUCCUCAGGUUUCUAAUGCUGUUUCUUUUGGUUGCCGCCCGCCUCUUACCCUCUCCUGCCUCCGGUUUUUGUAUUGUUGUUUUUUCUAAUGACGAGCCAAUACCUAGAAAAACAUUUUCCGCCCUCAACAUGACACCUCAUAUUGUGUCCAACUUGUCAGAUUAGCAGCUUAAUGAAGCUCCCUACGAGUUCAUCUCUACAGUUCCUCUGCUCACCUACCCAGCUUGUCUCUGUUUGCCCUCCCAGCUCCAUUGUGCAAAGAAUGUAGUUAGUGUUCACUUGUUGUGGUUUCUACUAACUCUUGGCCAUAAAGGAGAUAAACAUAAACACAGACAAAUUAGAAGCAUACUCUAACAUGAGAAAUAUUUUUCUUCUGGACUAAAGGACAUUAAGGACAAACUGUUUUCAGCUGUGAAUCACUAAUCAUUACUGAAAUCAGAUUUGUAUACCCGACCAAUGAAAGAAGAAAACUGGAAUAUUAUUAUAUAUAAUAUUCAUUUAUUUUAUGCAGACACGCAUUUCUUACCACAAAUGCAUGCCAUGCUUACAAAUGCACAACAUACAAAAUGAUUUGCAGACACACAUUCACUUAGCAAAAUGUUUACACAGGAUGUAUCUGAGAAGGGAAAAUCAGUGCCUUUUAGCUUUUAAAGCUCGUCAUAGCCAUCCUCUCUAAACCACGUUUUUGUUUUUGCAUAACAAUCUACCUUGACAAAUGUUCAUAUAUUAUUUCUGUUCUUGUUUUUCCACGCUGGCUAUUUCUGAUUUCUUUCCAAGCAGCUGUGUUCUGUGUUUUUAGUGUGGGCAGCUCUCAUUGUUUUGGUCCUCAGAUGAACCCCCCCCACCCCCCGCCUCCCGACAUGGGCUCAUUUAGGUACAAGUUAGAAAUACGUAGAGCAGUAUGAAAUAUUAAGGUUUUCAAUUUUAGUGUCAUAAGAAAGUUUGAGAAUCACAGAAAAUAGUCAGCGAAACUAUGAACAUAAUAAUCAGGUCCCUAAACACAUUAUGUGUGUCUUUUCUUCCCAUUUACAGUAUUUGAAAAUGAUUCUGCAUCUCCCAAUCAGUUUCACAUAAAGUUCCAGUAAACAGAAUAUGUCAGCAAAUGUAAUGUUAAAGAAUCAUUUUAGUUCUUGACAAGGUUGUGAGAAUCUGCAAACAAAUUGGUGCUAAAUGGACACCACUGGGAUUAAACUAGGCAUAUCUGAUGAAUUGUAAUAUUUAGGGGCAGACUGACAAUAGGUUUCAGGGGGUUCAAUUAAUUCAAAUUUGCUUACAAACAUUUGGAAUUUAUUCAGAUGCAAUCACACAGACAGUGGGGGGAAACUAAAUUGCCUUUGAAGAAGAACACCCCAGGUGUCUGUCUUUUAAUAAGGAGUCGUAAGGAUUAAAGCUAGCCUGAUUGGAAGUAAAAUUGUCCUUUGUUUGCCGCCUGCAUUAACACUGUGGUUGUUGUUUAUUAAAUGGUUUCAUACAACUUUACUUUAAAAUGUGGUUUUAUGGACUUACCUGGCCAGACAGCCUGUUCCCACUAUCAGAAAUCACAGGAAGGUCAAGAAGGAAGGAGUUCAUGGUGUGUGUUGUAACAGGAUAACUAGACUGAUUGGAUUUUCAAAAAAAGGUAUCAUGAACUCAGUAAUUACUAGACAGUUCUCAAACCUCAGAAGUGUAUUAACUGAUUUCAUACGUUUUCCAGACAUAAAUUACUUUUUCAUGUAUUACUUCAGGUAAACAAAAAGCAUAUUAUCAUUGACAAAAGUAUUGCAUUUCACUCUAAAUAGCAUUUUAGAUUAAACAUUAUCUUCAAUCAGCUUCAUCUCAAAUUGUUUGCACAAACAGGAAGUGGGGUUAUAUUUUUUUUGUAUAUGAAAUAUAGAAAAAUAAUAUAUUAAUAGAGACACCCAUAAUAUAUGGAACCUCUGUUCCCAGCACAGGAUUUCACAAAUAUUUUUUGAAGACCAUGCAUUUUGAUCCAAAGUGAAUCAAAGCUCAGGAUGAGUGACUACAUCACUUGGGUGUGUUCCACUAGUGCCAAAUGUUAUAUCAAAUUUGUAUAUGUCUUUUCUGGAGAUUUGAAGGCGUCAGUUCGGAUACAACACAUGUUUUUUUUUUACUUUGCUUGAGGAAGCUCAUGAGAUCUUCAGAUGUUCAGUGUCACACCUACACCAGCUUAAACGUACUGAUUGUUAUCGUCCAAGUUAAGUGUAUGAUAGACUUUUUUUUGGAGAUGCACAAUAUAUUGUAUUUUUGAAAAUGCAAGGUCAACAGUAAUAUCUUCUACUGUUAAACACGUGGUGGUUUUGGCAUUUGGUACAUUUGUAAUGUGAAAACAUGUUCAUACCAGCUUAUGUGAUGGCCAAAGCUAAAACUCAUACACAGUGCAGUUAGCUGUUCAUUGGCUUCAGCUGAAAGCUCAAAUAUAAUGACCCCCCCCACCCCCCCCCACAUAUAUUUUCCUCAAUGUUUUUUAGCCUAAAAUGUCAGCCGUAUAGAUUUUCAGCUGUUUACUCUGCAUGGUACUCAUCCCUCUGCUGCACAUAAAUCUGAAUGGCGGUUAACAAACCAGGUAGCACGUUGCCAUAGAGACCGCUGAUUUGUGUGUUACUUCUGCUAACAGCACAGCAGACUCUGGAAGCAUACACGCCACUAUUCAAUAAAAGCCAUCAUGUUUUUAAUCAGCCGUUCUGCCAAAGGAUGGUUGCUCACAGCAGGGUUGUUUCAUGUACAGUGCAGGCUUUCAGCUUUACUCUCUUAACUCUCGUGGCCUUGUGCUGUGAAGAACAUGGGCUUGUGCCGCUCACGUCAAUGUGGAUUAUUCCGGGGAAGAUGCAUAAAGUAUAACAGAUGUUUCCAGGUGGUGGAGCUUCAGAAAAACAGCUUUAACAUGUAGACCUAACCAUAACCCUGCUCAUCUCUAAAUGGCCAUAGGUGUAUAUAGCAGCGCCGACAUAUCCAGUGCAAUGUAAACAGUGACCAUUAUUACAACAUAUUUUUACAUAGACAUUACCUCUAUACUCCUAUACAUUGUUCUUUUACCUUUCACCUACAUGUAAAGGCCUUGCGGAAGGGAGACAGAGAGCCAUAGAAAUAUUUCAAAUCAGGAAAUAGAUAAACGCUCACAAAUAUCAAUGCUUUGGGAGAUUGAUCUAGUGUAAAAAAAAUAAAGAAAGACAAUAUUUUCAAUAGAUCCACCUGAUCCUCUUUGAUAGGAAUAAUUUUACCCAAUCCUUUUUGUACAUUGAACAAGUCGAAAAAGUAAAUAUUUUUCUGUUUGUUGGUUUGUGUUUGAUAAAGGUAGACGUGUUAAAUACAUUAGGAAGUGUUAAACAUGUUUGUCUUGUGAAGUAAAUGUAAAUUCUACGAGUCAAUGGGAAAGUCUAUAUGAAUGCUCACUGUGUUUUAAAGUUGGAGGAGGUUUUUGCGUUAUAUAAGAGUGACCAAAGCAGAGGAGAAAAAAAAAAAAGAUUUAACAAACUAGAAGUAUUCAAGCAGUUACAUUUUAAGUAGCACUUAUUAUUCAACUUCUAGUACUUCUUAUUUUAUUUCGAAGAUAUCUUUUGUAAAGCUCCAGCCUUUAAAUCCCAUGUAUAUUGCUGUGAGGAUUUACAGGUCACUUUAAAAUAGAAAAACGAAACAAAAUUAAGUUUAAUCUCGUGUGAAAGUAAAUCUACCAGAGCCUGACGGAAUUGCACUACCCUCAUACUGGUUGAUAAAGUCUAUUUUGUAUAAAAUACAUGCAAAUAUUAUCUUUAAAGAUUAAGGGCAGAUCAUGAUUCACUGGUACAUAUGGCUAUGGCUUUCAUUGAAGUCUGUUUUGUUCGUAUUUCAGUUAUGUAAAUGUAUCCAAUGUAAAAACAAACAAAAAAUAUAAAAUGUUUGUUUAAAAAAACAAUAGUUUGUUUUACUUCUGUAUUACACCUCUUAUGUAGUCAGUGUCAAUAUUUUCACCUAUUUGAUUAAAUGUUGAAUUAAGUUAUCUGUGUUGUUCUUCGACAUUGGAUUUGCCAUUGUGUUGGUAAACAAGUUGGAUGACGUUUUUUGGUCAUCACAGGUUGAGAGUGUGAGUCGGAAAAACUGAUUUCUCUUUAGUUCAAACAUCUUACACAAUAAAGUUCCCAGUUUUUCAAAAGCUCA